AUGUACGAAGGGAUUGACAACCUGAAAUCCCUUUACGACCGUGCCGGGAAGACUUUCUCCGGCGGUCCUUCUGCGGCACAGGAUGUGUCGCGUCGUACUGCUCGACCAGACCCAGUACGUCAACCAUCAAUUGGGAGCGGGGCUCCCAAGAAUCCCAGGACGGGGGAUAGCCGCGCCACCGGACGAGGUAACUCGUCCGACGUCCGUUCACGUCGCGGUGGUUCAACAGCUGCUCUACUAGAUAGCGCUGGCCACCGCGAGAGUCCUCUAAUGGAGGUGGAGGAGGAGGAAAGACGCUCUCCACACGAUCAUGUGGAUCGGUGUGUUCCCGAGAGCUUCUUUGAUCGCGUAACGCAAGGGUUACGCGACGAUCUCGAGCAUGAGCGGGACACGCGUCUCCAGAUGGUGGACACUGCCUCGAAGCAUCGAGCUGAGUUUGCCUUUGCUCAGCUUGAGAACGAGAGAUCUCUGACAUCUCUUCGUGACGAGCUAAGGGUAGCUCGUGGGAUUGUUGAUCGGUCUCGGGCUGAGAUAACUGCUCUUCAGACCCUUGUUGAUGCCCACCAUCGGGAGCACAAGGCUCUCUGCGAGAUGCUUGAGCGCAAGGGCGUUCUUCAUCGGAAGAAGCAGCGUACUGAUGGUACGGCUUAA